AUUUGUUACAUGUUUAUUGUUGCUUAUGAUUUAUUGAUAUUCAGGGGUUAUCAUAUUGUUGCCCGUAAUUCACCAACAGCUUGGACGUCGUCGAGCUUUUUCACAACCACGUCUUAUACAUACAUAAAUAUACUAUGUGAUAUAGAAGAAACUAAAAAUCCAAAGACGGGAUCAGCUUACGAUUCUACAUACAAGGUCCGUUCCAAGUACAACGACUUGUUGGUCACAAAAUAUUGACGAAUCUGCAAGUAUUUAUUAUUGCAAAGGUGAAAGGUCAUCUGCGCUUUGGUAGCUUUGAUUUCAUGGGGUUACCGCCCUUUCUGCGUAACGUCCUCAUAGGCAUUCCUAUAGGGAUAACGUAUCUGGAUACGGUUGGGUAUGUGGCUCGAGUCGAGGGUAUUUCGAUGCAGCCAGCCUUAAAUCCAAAUCUUGAAGAGGUUGAUUAUGUCUACCUAAAUCGCUGGGCUAUUCGCGGGUAUAAAAUUGAACGUGGAGAUAUCAUUUCUUUUAGCUCGCCAAAGUUCCCUAAACAGAAAUUGAUAAAACGCAUUGUUGGUGUCCCUGGCGAUAUUGUAAAUACAAUCGGAUACAAGACAGAAUUUGUACAGGUUCCGGAGGGUCACUGUUGGGUGGAAGGUGACCACACCGGGCAUUCUAUGGACUCCAACACCUUUGGACCUAUUUCCCUUGGCUUAGUAACUGCAAAAGCAACUUGCAUAGUCUGGCCCCCAAGCCGUUGGCAGGUGCUGAACCCCAUGAUACGAGAGCAUAGGAUACCUUUGAAUAUCUUGAGAUCUUCCGUAGCUUAA